AUGGCCGAUUUCGUGUGGCCUAUCAGCCUCUCGCUGGGCGUCGCAGCUCACCUGCUGUACUUCCAUCGAUACGAAACUCACAAUUACGUUCACCGCAUCCUCGCCAUCAUCAUUACAACAAUCGCCGUAUCAACUGUGCUCGUGUCCAGGACCGGGAACGUCGGCCUCAUCGUAGCAGCAGCAACCACACUUGGGUAUGCGGUCUGUUUUGCGAUUGGGGCGAUGGGCAGCACCUUGGUGUACCGGCUGUUCUUCAAUCCGCUCAAUCGAUUCCCUGGCCCGUUUGCAGCUCGCCUCUCAGAUUUCUACAUUGCGUUCACGGUCGGCGGAAAACUCAACCAAUACCACAAGCUGUACGAACUCCAUCAGAAGUAUGGCCGCAUAGUCCGCAGAGGCGCUACUGAACUGUCUAUCGUGGAUCCAGACUUUGUAGAGCCAUCCCACAGCUCCCAGACGAGGGUUACCAAAGGCCCUUGGUACGACAUGGAGACGGUUCCUGCUUUACUCUCGGAGAGGGUUCGAACACAGCACGAUCGCAGACGGAAACACUGGGUUCCUGCCUUCUCGGACAAAGCGUUGCGAGAGUACGAGCCAAGGAUCCAGAGUUUCAACAACAAGCUCCUCGCCAAACUGACCGAGUUGGAUGGCAAGCCGAUGGAUGUCUCGCACUGGUUCAAGCUAUACGCAUUUGAUGUUAUGGGUUCGUUGGCGUUCGGCAAGAACUAUCGUAUGCUUGACUCUGGGGAGAAACAUCACGCUCUUGGGCUACUUACCGAUGGAAUGGCACCCCUCGGUCUGACGAUGCCUGUAUGGUUUCUAAGACUACUCAAAGGUAUACCGGGAGAUACACUGGGGGUCGAGAAGUUCACAAAGUUCUGCAACGAUGAGAUUGAAGAUGCCGUCCGCAACAACUUCUUCUCAAAUGCGUCGGAGAAAGAUGCCGCGUCUGCUGGAGGAAGCACGGUAACAUCAUGGCUGUACAACGCAUACAAAGACAGCCCGAAUCCGGGAAGGAAUCCAUACUAUCAGCAAGAUGCUCGGCUUUUGAUCGUCGCUGGUGCAGAUACGACCGCAGUUACGUUCGCAUACAUGUUCUACCAGCUCGCACAGCAUCCUGAAGAUGUGGAGAUGAUCAGGAAUGAGCUCAAGCAGUGUGUCAAGGGUGACUUUUCUGAUGUUGACAUUCGGCAUUGUGAGCAUCUGAACGCAACGAUCAAUGAAACCCUGCGGCUUCACUCUCCUGGACCUUCUGGCGCUUUCCGCCUGACUCCACCAGAAGGACUCAGAGUGGGCGAUACCUUUGUCCCUGAAGGUACUGCUUACAACAUUCCCUUCUAUGUUGUCGCACGUGAUGAGUCUGUCUACGAGCAAGCUUCAUCCUUCGUCCCAGAGCGGUGGUACAGCAAGCCUGAAAUGGUGAAGUAUAAGGGAGCUUUCGUCCCGUUCUUGAUCGGUGCAUACAACUGCAUUGGCAAGAACGUGGCUUUGAUGGAGCUGAGGACGUUGACUGCCAAGAUUUUGCUGGAGUACGACGUCAGCCUCGCUCCUGGAGAAGAUGGCUCGAGGCUCCUAAACGACUCAAAAGAUCACUUCACGAUGAGCUUGGCGCCGCUUGAUCUGGUGUUCACGAGGGUCAAGUAG